AUGAGAUCUAAAUGUUGUGAAACUGGUUGUGGACUUCGGAAGGUCCAGAGCAGGUACACUGCCAAUUCAGAUAGAGGAGAGGAGCUGGAGAUGGUCAACAAGUACAAGUACCUCGGGCUGUGGGUGGACAACAAACUAGACUGUCAGCCGCACCCGCUCUUUGAUGUUGUGGAACGUUUUGAGAAUGCACCAGAAUGCAUGAAGUACUUUUACAAAGAAAAGGUGCCUGAGUUGGGAGCGUCUACAUCUGGUGCUGCCCGCCUCUGUCAGCGCUUUGUCAACAGGUACCACUUUGCCACACUGUAUGACACCAUCCAUCGCAUUGCUGUCUACUCUGCCUAUCAAUUCCAGCCCAGUAAUGGAGGCGGCAGGGAGAACAGGUGGUUUGUGGAGCCACAGCUGGUAGAUCGGUCUUGGCAGGGAGAGAUGAAAGAUGGAUACUGGCUGGGGCAGGAUCACCCUGGUGUCUACCUUGGAGAGAGACAAGCUCUGAAUGAGGACUUCACAUAUUCAGGCUUUGACCGUGGUCACCUCAAUCCCAAUGGACACCAUGCAGUCCCUAGCCGCAAUGCCACUUUUACCCUCACCAAUGUGGUUCCUCAGAACCCCAAGCUGAACCAGAAUGCCUGGGGGAACCUCGAGUCUCAGCUCACUGAGCUUUUUCUGGAGAAGUGCCCUAAGGCCUACGUGCUGGUCGGUGCCAUUCCUUCUGCAGACAGCUGGAUUGUUAAAAACAAUGUUAAGCGUGUCAACAUCCCAGACUACCUGUGGAAUGCCUACUGCUGUGUGGACAACAAUGACAGACCCAUUCAGAGCGGCGCUGCCAGAGCAAGAAACACAGAGGACAACUUGGUGGAGCAGCUCUCUCUGGAUGAACUGGAAACAUUCUUGCAGCAGUUCACGGCACAACCAGUGGGAGAGUUGUUUUACAACAAUUGUAGAGCAUAA